AUGAAGCUAACUACAGAAUUAGAAAACCACUAUAAAGAGAAGCUGCUCUCAAAAGCAGAUGGCAGUUUUGAUGGUCAUUUCUGGAGACGAUACAUGGGAAAAGGAAAAACCAAGAAUGAUGUUCAAGGCUACAAACAACCAAACAAGAAAGAGAAAGAAACAUUUUUACAAAAUGUGAAGAAGUUUGCAAAUGAUGUUUUCCAAGUUGCCAGCCUAACAGAUAGUAACCGAAGGUAAGCAUACUAGCAAAUUGAAUUUUUAAUGAUUGCCGCCAUACCACUGAUUUGCAAUACUAAGGCAUUCACCCACUGAAUGUCUGAUAUUUUGAAUGUUUUCAGGGAAUUAAUUCCUUUUAUAAGUCCACUGUAGGACCAUGGCAGCAGUUACGUAUAAUAUAACUUAAAAGUAAUCAGACUUCUAUAUUAAAAGUUCAUUCUCUUCUCUCAAAUGCUCCCUACCCCCCCCCCCUGCCCGCCCGCACCUUAAUACUCCCAUCUCUAUUGAACCACACUCUCUAUUAACUAGGCUAUGGAGAGUGUACCAGUACUGUACCUCAAUAGAGAGGGUAGGUAUAGGCACAUCAUAGCAAAUAACUAACUGGUAUUUCUUUAGUUUUGCUGACUAGGGCAGGGUCACCACAACAGCAUAUGUCAAAUACUGUGUGCCCUUUUACCUAACCCACUCUGUCAACUUUCCCUGUCGGAGGAAAUCAGGUACCCAGAGAAAGCCCACAACUUUCGGCAGGGCGUUGACUUUUUGCUCUUUUCGCACGAGGACUGGGUUCGAGUCGCAUGAGAAAGUUCUCACAGAGAUUUGAACCUACGACCUUAGAGGUGCAAGGCAAGUGCGCUAACCACUUCGCCUCCGAAGCCCCAUAUUAACAUCUUGGAAACUUACAAUGUGUGCCACAGGAAUUUGCACAUUAUGUUUGCCUGGGUAUUAUUAACUUUCAUCUUUAUUUUUGUUAACAGUUACAUGGUGGAGAUGUCAAUGGGGGUCUGUACUUGUGAUUGGGGGAAGGAUGAUUCUCCAUGCAAGCACCAAUAUCUGAAUUGGGUAACCAAGCAAGCAAAUUUUUUAAAUUUUCUACCUGUUGCCUGUCCAGAAUUACGGCAAACCAUUGCUGUAGUUGCACUGGGUGAAGCAGUUCCAAUGUCGAAGUAUACAUCUCUAAGAGAUUCUGAUCCAAGUGUUCCUUUGUCAGCAUAUGGGCCUGAAGUGGGUGAAGAGUUUACGAUGAAGGAAACAUCCACCUCUUUUCCAGAACAG